AUGAAUGGGUGCAAGUCCUCCACUCAGUUUUCGGAGUACAUCAGGGCUUUGAACUGCGCAGUGUGAACAAGAUCGAAAGCAAUCCUGAGAAGCCUAAGCAUCUAGAGAAUGUUACUACGAAGGUUAUAGAGCUAGAUAUUGACUUUUUCAGUUUGGGGAGUGAGGGGUAUUCUGAAGAGAGUCGGAUUCAGCAGAUGGUUUGUUCCACUUUAUCCUCAACUAUCAAAUGGGGGAUAUUGACGGCGGCUUUAGGUUUUCGGAAUCCAAGAAAAAUAUGCCCUCCGCCGUGACUGCAUUAUCAACGCACUCUUGUACGUCUACACACGGAACUAG